GUUGCCGGAGCAACGAACGCGGAAACGGCCGGCGUGGCGGCAGCGCGGUUUGCGAGGGAGGCAGGAGGCCUGGCCGGCAGCGUCCGGGCAUGCGGGAGCUCGGGCCGGGGGACUCUUCGGAAACUCCGGGCGCAGAGGAACGUGAGUCGGGAAGGCCCGAAGCCGGCUUUGGAGUGGGGACUCGCAGGGCCCUGCCACAGGCGGCCCGCGCUGGCUGGAACGCGGGCGGAGUCCGGGGACUCGAGCUCAGGCGCUUGGGGGCCCGGGAGCUGGGUCCGGCGCUUUCCUCUGUGACCCCUUCCGUCGGCUGCGGAUGUCCAGGCUGAGAGAGGGGUGCGACUUGUUCAGGGAGCAGCCCCGCUUUUUGGUGGCCAAUCUGGGACCGGAAUCUUAAGUUUUUGACUCUCGGUACAAAGAUUUAUCCACUGUCAGCUUUACAGGACGAGCACAAGAGUAGGUCAGGCCCGUCACAGCCUCGAGACAGAGGUGACACAUUAGCAGCCCGCCAGCGUUUGGCCCACAGACGCGGAUUAUUUGCCCCCACGACCUGAAGAACUCUGAGAUUUUUGUCGGGACCCAGGCGUGUUCGCGCGUUGAACAGACGUUCCUAGCCAGAUGGCUCUCCCCACACUGCCCUCCUACUGGUGCAGCCGGAGGCUCCUGAGUCAGCAGAUGGCACGACAGCGAGAGCAGGAGGCCCGGCUUCGGCAGCAGUGGGAUCAGAACAGCCGCUACUUCAGGACGUCUGACAUCUGCAGCUCCAAACAGGCAGAAUGGAGCUCCAAAACCUCCUACCAGCGGAGCAUGCAUGCGUAUCAGCGGGAGAAGAUGAAGGAGGAGAAGAGGAGGAGUCUGGAGGCCCGACGAGAGAAACUCAGGCAGCUCAUGCUGGAGGAGCAGGACCUGCUGGCCAGAGAGCUGGAGGAGCUGAGGCUGAGCAUGAGCUCUCGGGAAAGAAGAAUCCGGGAGCAGCACAGGAAUCUCAAAUCAGCCCAAGAAGAGCAAAGGAAACUGGUUGCUGAACAGCUUCUGUAUGAACAUUGGAAGAACAACAACCCAGAACUUCGAGAGAUCGAGCUGGACCUUCACAAGAAGCAUGUGGUAAACUGUUGGGAAACGCAGAAAGAAGAAAAAAAACAGCAAGAAGCCACGGAAGAGCGAGAGAAGAAACGGUAUGAAAAUGAAUACGAAAGGGCCCGGAGGGAAGCGCUCGAACGGAUGAAAGCGGAAGAGGAGCGGCGGCAACUAGAGGGUAAACUGCAGGCCGAGGCGCUGCGGCAGCAGAUGGAGGAGCUGAAGCUGAAGGAGGUGGAGGCCACCAAACUGAAGAAGGAGCAGGAGAAUCUGCUGAAGCAGCGGUGGGAGCUGGAGCGGCUGGAGGAAGAGAGGAAGCAGAGGGCAGCCGUCCAGCAGAAGGCGGAGCUGGGGCGCUUUUUGAGACAUCAGUAUAAUGCACAGCUCAACAGACGGACGCAGCAGAUCCAAGAGGAACUGGAGGCAGACAAGCGGAUCCUGCAGGCGCUGCUGGAGGAGGAGGGCGAGCACCAGCGCUUGCACCUGGCCAGGAGGGAGCAGGCCGCGGCCGACGUGGUCUGGAUGAAGCAGGUCAUCGAGGAGCAGCUGCAGCUGGAGAAGGCGCGGGAGGCAGAGCUGCAGAUGCUGCUGAGGGAGGAGGCCAAGGAGAUGUGGGAAAAGCGCGAGGCAGAGUGGGCCCGAGAGCGGAGCGCGAGGGACAGACUGAUGCACGAGGUUCUGACAGGGAGACAACAACAAAUACAAGAGAAAAUUGAACAAAACCGACGGGCACAAGAAGAAUCCCUAAAACACAGGGAGCAGCUCAUCCAAAGUCUAGAGGAGGCAAGAGAGUCAGCUCGCCGUGAGAAAGAGGAGAGUGAAGGACUGAAAUCGGCCAGGAAACAGGAGCUGGAAGCUCAGGUCGCGGAGCGCCAGCUGCAGGCCUGGGAAGCAGACCAGGAGGAGGAGGAGGAAGCGGAGGAGGCCAGACAGGCAGAGCAGCUCACCAACGCCCUGCUGCAGCAGGAGGCAAAGACGAUGGCUGAGCAGGGCUACCGGCCUAAGCCUUAUGGACAUCCCAAAAUUGCUUGGAACUGACUUCAUUGGUACCAUAAGCACAGAGAACAAGGAUGCUGAGGCAUUUGACACGCAGCUGCCGGACCACUGGACGACGUUCUCUUGGUCGUCCGUGUUCAGGGCACUCUCAGAUAGUUCAGUGAUGCCUGUUCAGGUGUGUCAUUAAAGGCACUGAGGGUGUGGCCAGACAUUAAGGUGCUGCGGAUACGCCAUACCCUGCAAGAGGCCCUUUCUGCCUUUCUUACCCAGGAAAAAAGAAGGGUCUUAUAUAAGCACGUUUACAGUGCUGUCGAGUAGUCUUGUGAUAUAUUUAUAAAUGACGUAAAAUUCUAGAUCAGUGUUGAGAGCCACAAGUAGUAUCCCAUCAUAGGGUACAUGGUUUCCUAUUGUCUCACCCUUAAUUGUCAACCUCCAGUACAGACUCCAGCUAGAGAUACGAGGGACAUUUUUCAGUUUUUUAAAAUUGAUAUUUAACUAUUCUAUUGAAAAUAACUUUUGUAGGUCUUGGUAUAGUUUAUUUCAGGGUUUAUUAAUUUAUUGGUCCCAAAAGGAUCAUGUCUUUUGUAUUCUGGAAGAAAAGAACUAUGAACUAAUGAGAACCCUGAAACAGUCUUAUGUGGUCUGUGGACGAUUUUCAGAAAUGUGGCAAGAAAUGAGUCUUUCCUCCUUCAGGAGGCUUUCCAUAGAGCAUGGUGUGUGGGUGAGUGAGCCCAACAUGUAUGUUACUGAGCCUCAAAAGGACCCAAAAGGUCACCUGGUUGGCUAACCUUUUAAAGGCAGGGUGUGACACUUGGGACCUCUGGUGUCUCGGGAAGUUCUCAGCUACAAGCAGCCUUCUGGGAUUUAUGUGCCCAGAGGAUGAGGCACUUAACCUAAGGAAACUAGAUCAGACUCAGAGCCACAGACUGGGCCAAAAAAUUCUCUCCCACAGUCAUAUCAGUGUGACACAGUUCUAGAUUGAUCUCUACAAAUAGCUAGAAGUUCCUUGCAGCAAUAAUCAUAUUUUUAUAACUUGUAUUUUUUCCAUACUAUUCCCCUGAGGUUUUAGUCUCCAUUACAUUGUGUUCAUGACUCCAUAUCUCAGUAAAUUACAGCUAAUUACAGGGAGUUGUUCCAUGGUUAUUGUAAACCAGAGUUUAUUAAAAAAUCCAGAGUCUAAGGGCUGCAUUACGUUUCACUUUCAUUGUGCUAUAGAAACAAAUUGAGCUGCAAACCGCGUCCUUAAUCUGUUUUUCAUUUUCUUGUCUUGAAAUUCUUUGGCUAGGGUCCCCUGAGCACCACUUCGAUUAUGCAUGCUUGUACUGUUUGAGAUGUUCAUUAAUUGUGAAAUAAAGUUCCAGUUUGACAGCA